AAGGAGGAAUUGAAGCUGAAAAUUGGUGAGUUUCAAAAGCGAAUGCCUUGGAUUGAAACUCUAGAUAUUACUGUCGAAAAUGAAAUGAAUACCAUCUAUAAGCAAGCGAAAAAAGCAGCAGAAAUCGCUAUUCAAAGAUUAAAGCAAAUGAAAAUGAAAGUAUUUCGACCAUCAGAUUACUUUGCAGAGAUGGUUAAAAGUGAUACGCAUAUGCAAAAGGUUCGUCAAAGGAUUGCAGAUAUACGUGAAGGUAAAGAGCGUCAGGAAAAUAUCCGAAGGCUAAGAGAGGAGAAGAAAUUUGCUGCAAAAGUGCAGAGAGAAGUGAUUGAAAAUAGGCAAAAUGAGAAAAAAAAAUUAAAGGAAGCUGUUAUGAAACAUCGAAAAGGAUUGAAAGGUCAACUUGAAGAAAUGUUAAAUAACGCGAAAAGCUUGCAAAUAUAUGAUGAUAAAACGGAUGCAACCAGUCACUUAAAGAAGAAAGAUAAUCAAAUGCGAAAUGGAGUUAAAUGUAGUAAGCUUAGUCGCAAUGCUCGAAAUAAGAAAUUUGGUUUUGGCGGCCAAAAAAAACGUUCAAAAAAUAAUACAAAGGAAAGGUAA